AUGUCAAGACUAAUAGAUCAAUUCACCCACCAUGUCGAGCACAGCGACAAGCUCGGAGAGCCAGUACAAGAGUUCCAGAAGACAUUGCUAGACCCCAAGACCCCCAUGCGCAGGAGAGAGCUUGUGCCGAGAUCUACCACACAACCAUCGACACGCAGAGUUCGUCGUCUAGAUGGCGAAAAGCUUGCUGCCACCAAUCCUCUUUUGCAGCCGUGGACCACGGAGAGUUCGAAAAAGGUUCUCGACUUCUCCAGAAACAUUUCGCCUCGAAAGGUUGAGCCGAAGAUGAAAAGUCGGCCCGAGCUGAUAAUGGGGGAGGCUCUCCUGGUCAACAGAAAACAGACAAGACAAGGGCCCAACACCACACUACUGAACUCUACACUCCUCGGUACUACAUUCUCGGACAAUGAAUCAUCUUCAUCGUCGUUCUCAGAGAUAGAUAUGGGUGAUGUCACUCUACCAGCCAGCCUCCAGCUCACGAGCCAGCCCACCGAAUUUCCCCAGCGCAUGGCUCGCUUAAAGCAUGACAACUGUCUCACGAUCCUGGAAGACGCGACCCCCCGAGAGAUGCCUGGCCCCGACAGUAAGGCACAGAUCGCAGAAGUCGAGGGUAGCAAAGGCACAGAGGAAGUGGCCAUUGACUACACGAUCUUUCCGCUCUCACCCAGGGAUAUGAACACUCGUCGCCAAACUAACGACAUCAUGCGCCCAAAAUUCACGCAAGAAACGGCUUGUGCCAUGGACAGCGCUGAGAAGGAGAACACCGAUGCCACAAGCGGUGCAGGCAUUGACGAGGACAUAUUGCCUGAGCAGCUGGUUAGGGAGCAGUGCCGGGGCAAUGAACUCCGUAACGAUCGUGGCAUUCUCGACACGUCUACGACGGCCACGACGGUCGCUCGAAAGUUCCCGACCUCUCCUCGCAAAGCGCGCAAUAUCCCUCAAGGCCCCCACACACCUACAAAGGAUGACUUCUGGAGGCAGAGUCUGGUUGAUUGUUGGAAUGAUGAGCACAGCCCUCGCAAAGCUACGAAAACCGCGCUGCGGUCUCCAAUCAAGCAAUCUGGCCCCUCUAAACCCAGCAAAAUCUUAUUCGAAGCCCAGAAGGCUACACUCGCUAUCCAAUUUCUUGAGGAACUAGACUGCCAAAUCACAAAUGGUCGAAUUGCCGAGCUAUCUAGGUCCACAGGAGGGGUCAAGAUCGAAUGGCUGAAGACCCUCAACACAACGGCUGGUCGCGCAAAUUGGAAGAAGGAGACUGUUCGGAUGACACCAUCCGAUGGAUCUGACGCUAUCAUUACCUACAGCCACCAUGCGUCCAUUGAGCUAGCAGAGAAGGUCAUUGAUGACGAGAGUAAACUCCUCAACGUGCUGGCCCAUGAAUUCUGCCAUCUUGCCAACUUCAUGAUCAGUGGCAUCACAAACAAUCCCCACGGCAAGGAAUUCAAGCAUUGGGCGGAGAAAUGUUCUCAAACUUUUGCUAGUCGGGGCAUCAAGGUCACAACAAAGCACAGCUACCAGAUUGACUUCAAAUACGUAUGGCAGUGUGGCGGUUGCUCAUGCAGUUACAAGCGGCACUCGAAGAGCAUCAACCCUGAGAAGCAUCGGUGUGGCGGGUGUCAAGGCAAGCUCGUGCAAAUCAAGCCGGUCCCCAGAAAUGGUGGGAAACCGAGCGAGUAUCAACUUUUUAUCAAAGACGAGAUGAAAGCUUUGAAGCGAGAAGACCCUAGUAGCCCCCAGAAGGUCAUUAUGCAAAUGGCAGCGGAAAGGUGGGCAAGGAGAUCAAAGCCGGCAGAGUCGCAACAAGCGAAAGAGGACGUUCGUGAUAUUGCCGCCCAGCUGCUUGGUCUCAGCUUGGGGGAGUAG